GGUCGCAAGUGUUGGGUUUCAAACUCGGCGCGGGAGCGCUGCGCGUCGCCGCGCGCUGCUGUGCGCAGUGGUUUUUUGAACGGCGGCCUAGCGCGCUCAAAAUGCCCAGGAGGGUCGCGAGGCGCGCGGGUCCAAGUUCGUCCUCUGCCGCGUGGCACGGCCGACCGAUGCGGGAAUCGCUGUGAGGCGUCCCGGAGAGCGCCUGCCACGAGCAAUGCGUGCCGCGGUGAAGCCAGUAGCGCGCGCGGAGGAGGGGCGCGUCUCUGGGCCGUCGCAGACAGCCUCGGCGCCGAGUCGCAAAAGCGAUGGCUCGAAGACUCCUAGGCGUGGCCCCAGGAGUCCUGCCGCAGAUAUCUGGCGGAAGCAAGGCUUUUUCGAGUCCGCUGUUGGCCAGGCGCUGCAGCACAGCGCAUGGUAUUGUGUGCGCGCGGAGGCACGUAACGACCUCGCGAGGCGCACCCACAGCAUCCAUCGACGCACCACACCCGCGGGGCUGCGCAUUUUCGGCACCAGCAGACGCCGCCGCCGCGGCAGCACAUCCAAAGCCACUGCACCGGCAAGGGCAGCCAGGCGCCGACGAUGGCGGCCCCGGCCACGCCCGCCACGCCCGCUUCAUAUGGAGACGACUUCGAGGACGACUUCGAGCCCGAGACGCCCGGCGUCCAAGCGCCGGCGCCGGCCGCGGCGGCCGACGACGACCUCGGCGACUUGCUCGAUGCGAUUAUUGACGCGCCGGAGGCGGCAGCGGCGCCGGAGCCCGAGCCCGAGCCGGAGCCCAGCGACGAAGCGAAGGAAGACGUCGCGGCCCCCGAGACGCAGGAGCCGCCGAGAGCCUACGCCGACGUCCUCAUUCUCGAGGCGAAAGAAGACCACGCGGCUCAUCUCGCGGAGCUACGGCACGCGCAUGGCGCCCACUUUUUGCUGCGACUAAGGCAGUUCCUGGCUAUAGCAAGGGCGGAUCGCGCGGGCGUGGAUCAGCGCGACGACGCCGGCGACCCCGGGUUGCUCGGGCCCAGUCGCGGCCAGGGCCCCCAGAACUCCUUGGCGAGGUCAGAACCGUGCCUCGAAGCCAUGGCAGGGUUGUGGCGGACGUUUGAAAGCCAGUACGAGGACGAUCGCACCGCAUCCCUCAGUACGGAAACCGCGCGAUGGAGUCCGGCCCACGAGCACCAGUUCCUGUUGUUCCGGAGCGGCUGUCGCGCGGACCCCGGUCACAGUUCAUUGAAAUCGAUGUCGCGCCAUAAGUCGACAGGAUUAGGUGCGAGGGAUCCGUCUCACGCCGCUACCGUAGCCGCAAAACCGAUCAACCUCAUGACGAACUUUCUGACCGCGCGCACCGAUGUGGUAUGUGACUUGGACAGGAGAGCCUACAAAGAUUCGUCGAAGACCAAUGCUGAUAAAGAGAAUUUCGUGGACGCGGCGCGUGCCGGCGCAGGAAUGUUAUCGUGGCGAGACCUCCACGCCAUCGACGCGACGCCUGCUCAUCGCCGAGCAAUGAAUUUGCGCCACGCAGGUCAUCGAGCUCAUAGAGGGCCGGAGACGCCGCAUGUUAGAUGACUUCGACGAGACGGUCGAUGAUUGCCGAAUCGUAGCUCGAGUCAGUAGGGCGGCGACAUUUUGUGCAAGACUGUCCCAUGCCGUACGUUCAAAAAAAGGCAAGCGUUUUACCGAUGUGCACGACUUGUUCGGGAAGCGAGCGCGACUCCGACCGAAAGCCAAAACGCAAGAAGAUGAAACUACAUACACGUUUCCCGAGUUGCUGCUGGGGACGGCCUUGUUAAAUGUACCUUUCUCGGUCUGGGAAGCAAGGGACUUCUUCGCGAGCGUCGGCGGGAAAGUCGGCCAGCCCGCCGAUCUAGGACAACUGGAAGGUAUUUUUGUGGCCUUUUGGCUCGAAGUAGCGGCGCGCCGAGGCAAGUACAAAGACCCGGACGACGAACCGGCGUGGGCCGAUUGUAAGAGUCCCGUGGUCGAGACCAAGGAUCCCGAAUUACGGCGGUUUCGAGCGGCUCGCGAUGCUGUUGCUUCCGCCGCAGCUGACUUGCACCUGACCUGGGAGCAUCAAACUGAGGAUGACGAAGCUACCGAACCCUCAAGACCGCAAGCGCCGGGCUACAUGAGGAACUGGAAUCCCGGGAAACAAUUGAAGAGAGGUCUAGAAGUGCAGUCGGACGCCGACUACGCGUCCAAGACCGAAGGCCUCGUCAAGGCCGAGCAUUUGCUCCACCGACGGAAUCUCCUCGCGCAGAAGUACAUCGACCUGCGGAGUGCGUUCAACCGACGCAUGGUGCAUCACGCGCGGCCGUCGACCGCGGGGCUGACUAGACCGCUCAAGAACCUCAAGGAGUCCUUCGCGGUGAAAACGUCGCCCGUCGCGCGGCCGCGGACGGCGGACACCGGCGCUCUUCGACGGCGUCGAGACUUGGCCGCCGCCUUACGGCGCAACGAACGGGCCGAAGUCUUGCAGAGAGAUUUUGGUGCGGAGGCGAAAGCAAGGCGUCGGAAGAAAAAUGAGGAGAGAUCACGGGAGCUUUCUAGAAAAUUAGCCCAGGAGAAGGCGCAGAGGAAGUUACUGGGGCCGCCGAAGACGCCCCCGACGUCGUGGAUCCCCGAGGCGACGUCUACGAGUGUGAAAAAGCGGCCUUCCUCCGCGCCGGCGCUGCGGCCGCCCUGGAACAAACGCGUCCCCCAGUCGGCGCACAAAGAAGUUGUCGUCGUCGAGAAGAAGCGCCGGAAACGCAAGGUCAAGGGCGCGCCGAAGGACCGGGCCUCGACGCACGGCUGGCGCGCACGCGCCCCCAAAGCAAAAGAUCCGCCGCCCGUCUUACCGGCGUGCCUCUUCCCCAUGUCGAAGGGAAUUCUACCUGGCUUGUACGCCGAGCCGCCGUCGUCCUUUAAGUUGCUCGUGUGAGGCCCGCGUCGACGGCGUCCGAGGGCGAAGCUCGGAUAACACAUGUU